AUGAAUAAGCUCAAGAGUGUGUUCAAGAAGAAGAGAGAGCAAGAAGUCCUCUUUGUAAGCAAAGACUUCUACGACCCCUCCAGCAAAGCUACGAGCAGCAGCAAUAGCCCGCCCGUGGUACCCAGAGAAUCCAAGGUGUUCAAUCACUCGACAUGGUUCGAAAAUCCUCAGAGUAUUGGAAUGCAGGGCUGGCCGUCUCGAGCACCGCCAGACCCGCCGGCGCAGGCGACACAAGCUAGCGGGGAGGCGGGAAUGUUUGGCUAUUAUGCGCCUCUUGCAAGCACCAAUACCGAACCUAGGAUGACUGCGCAGCGGCCACCAGCUGAGCUGGGUCCUGAGCGUCAGACGGUGACUGGCCACAUCAUUAACAUGCCGGAGUACAUACCAUAUCAACCCGCGGCAGACGAUAGGGUACGAGCUGAAGAGAAUGCAAGACAGGAGAGGGCGGCAGCUCAAGAAAAUAUUCGGCGAGACCGGCUGGCCGACGAACAGGCCCAAGCAAGGCGUGAAAGGGCUGCAGAGGAGGAACGAGCACAGCAGCAGGACAGGCUGGCGGCCCAACGGCGAGCAAAGCAGAGGAACCUCGAAGCUGCCGAGGAGAAAGAAAAGCAGGAGAGACUUGCAGCGGAGGAGGUCUUGAUUUUCCGUAAGCAGAAUGCCUCUGUGAAGAACGUACGGCAUGUUCGAGACCUCAUCCGUGAGAAGUAUCGCCUUGAUAUUGAGGUUUGGAGAAGGAAACGCGUACAGGUUGACGCACGAUUCAAGAUCGAAGAAGACGCACGGAAGGCCGAUGCUAUCUUAGAGGAGAUCGUAUCUAUCGUCAGUGACUGGGACAACGAUGUCUUUGACACACCCGAGGAGUGGGAAAUGGCAGAAGAAAUCAAGAACGGCAUUCCCAAAUUGGACGAGCCGUACGUCUUGUGGCGUACUUCUCCUCCAUGGGAUCCAUCGCGACUGGAGAGAUCGAGCCAGAUCGCUCACGCUGAUGGUCAAUACAACAGUGUCAAUUGA